GCAAAAUCACGUGACUUGGCUAUAGUCAAAAUGUCGGAGGGAGACGUGGAGAACGGCGAAACAGCUGGGCUUAUAUCUCAGCGAGACAGAAAUGUGAGGAUAGAUCCAAAAAUCUGUGACACGGAUAUAGCCAACAGAGAAAUUAAAUACAACUUAACGCCGAACAGGCCACGCAUCCACAGCCGCUCUGUGUCCCAGUCAUCAACAGAUAGCUACAGCUCAGCAUCCUACACAGGCAGCUCAUCUGAUGAGGAAGAUAUCAGCCCAAGGGAGAAACCUCAGAAAAAUUCCAAAGGUUUUAGUGACUUCUGUGUGAGAAAUGUGGAACACAAUGCAUUUGGGAGACGAGAGAUUGAGAUUGCUGAACAAGAAAUGCCAGGGCUUAUGGCACUACGGAGAAGAGCUGAAGCAGAUAAGCCUCUGGUGGGAGCGAAAAUAAUUGGGUGCACACAUAUCACAGCGCAAACUGCCGUGCUGAUAGAGACAUUGGCAGCUCUCGGGGCAUCUGUCAGAUGGGCAGCGUGCAACAUCUACUCAACACAGAAUGAGGUAGCUGCGGCACUGGCGGAGGCAGGAUUCUCCAUAUUUGCCUGGAAAGGAGAGACUGAGGAAGACUUCUGGUGGUCCAUAGACAGAUGUAUCAAUGCAGAUGGGUGGCAGCCAAACAUGAUCCUGGACGAUGGUGGUGAUGCCACACACCUCAUGCUGAAGAAGUACCCAGCCAUGUUCAACAUGAUCAAGGGCAUUGUAGAGGAGAGUGUGACUGGAGUGCACAGACUGUACCAGCUCUCUAAAUCUGGCAAACUCACUGUGCCAGCUAUGAAUGUCAACGACUCUGUCACCAAGACCAAGUUUGAUAAUCUGUACAGCUGUAGAGAGUCCAUCUUGGAUGCGUUGAAGCGAACUACAGAUGUCAUGUUUGGAGGAAAGCAGGUUCUUGUCUGUGGCUAUGGUGAGGUUGGCAAGGGGUGCACUGCCGCACUGAAGGGUCUUGGCGCCACCGUCAUGGUCACAGAAAUAGACCCCAUCUGUGCUCUACAAGCCUGUAUGGAUGGGUUUCGUGUUGUGAAGCUGGAUGAAGUUGUCCGACAGAUAGACAUCCUCAUCACAUGUACAGGUAACAAGAAUGUUGUGAAUCGCCAGCAUUUGGACCGGCUGAAGAAUGGUUGUAUCGUCUGUAAUAUGGGUCACUCCAACACAGAGAUUGAUGUGGCAAGCUUACGAACCCCUGAGCUCACAUGGGAGAAGGUGAGAUCCCAGGUCGACCACAUCAUCUGGCCUGAUGGGAAGAGGAUCAUACUGCUUGCAGAGGGUCGUCUUGUCAACCUCAGCUGUUCAUCAGUUCCAUCAUUUGUUGUGUCUAUCACCGCCACAACUCAGGCCUUGGCUCUGAUUGAGCUGUUCAACGCCCCCAGGGGCCGAUACAAGCAGGAUGUCUACCUGUUGCCAAAGAAGAUGGAUGAGUAUGUGGCAAGUCUACAUCUACCAACAUUUGACGCUCACCUGACUGAAUUGUCGGACGAGCAGGCCAAAUAUCUGGGCCUAAACAAGGCUGGUCCUUUCAAGCCAAAUUACUAUAGGUGA